UACUGCGACCUCUCGCGUCAGUAUAAUCUGGUCAACAAAAUGCGUCGGGUCUUAGCUUUACUGGCGUUCCUCGCACUCUCCGAGGGAUGCCGCGUGCCGUGCCACUGGAAUGAUCCCAAAAGACUGGUUGACUACUACGACGGAGUCGCCACCAAGCUGAUCGCGUUGGACCAACUUUUAAUAAACCACUGCCGUUCGAACAAUAUACCAGAUGACGUCAAGUACUUCCAUAACAAUGACGUGUUCAAAAUGGUCAUCCCCUUACCAGGAUUCGAAGCUAGUGACUUCAUCGUGAAGGCUGGACGGCGGCUGCUCUUCAUCAACGCUUGCAACUGCGACGAGAGCCUCCAAUAUUCUGACAUCAGAUUCAUCCCUGACUACCUUUCAUUAAGUCGCGGCAGAUGGACUUAUGAGGAAGAUGAGCUCACUAUUACUAUACCGUACUCUUCAGGUGGCAUGGAAGCGCAACAUAACUUAGAUUUCAACAAUAGGAACCUUCAAAACGGGGUAAUAGUUUUAAGACGAGGAGAGGUGUGCUGUUCUGGAUUGACUGCCUCUAGAAAGAGGUAUAGGCAUUAAAAAUCUAACCUACUGCAAAAGUCACGAAGACAAGUAGUAGUUAACCGCAAAAGAAGUAAAUGAAAAGUGUAUCUUAUACAAUGUAAUUUUACAUAAUAUAUUUGGAUUAACUACUUUAAGCUAUAAACUUAACAUUGUUUCAAUUAAUGCAUAUCGUGUGACAACUAGUAUUAAAAUUUGAAGUUCAAUAAUGCAACUUAUUAUUAUAUUUUUGUUGUUAUGAUUUUAUUGCAUAAAAAUAUAAAUAAAACAAAUUGUAAGUUUUGUUAUCGGUUUAGUGUCUGAGAUUUUUUUCCUUAAAUAGAAUUGCUAUCGGCUUAUUAUGUUA